AUGAUGAAUUACUGUUGGCUUUAUAGGAAUAUUUUACAUUUCUUUCGUUUUUCGCAAUUAUCCACAAAAACUGCAUCUAUCACGACCCUUCUAAUGUACACGCUGUUGAUACUAACCAAUAACUGUAUACAUUUAGAAUAUUUACGUAGAGAUUUCAAAACAUUUCAAUAUCCAUUUUACAAUAGCGAUCAAAUCAUCAAUCUGUCACAAUCGUAUAACAUGGUAGAAUUUUGUAUAAAUCCUGUAAAAGUAGUAGAAUAUUUUCAACUAGGGUAUUCUGAUAUUAUAUGUAAAACUGAACGUAUCGAUAAUGCGACUAAAUGGAGCAAUACUCAAUAUUUACUUUCACAAAAUAAUUACUUAAUUAAUUCAAAUUAUGAUUGCAAUAAUUUUCAAGACUAUUACAUAAGGAAUGGACAAUCUUCCCUACACUAUGACAUUAAAAUUGAUUAUCAAUUAAAACAAAAUAUAUUAUCACACAAUCAACAUAUGACAACUUUGUUAUCACUGAUAUAUCAAGUUUGUCAACCACUUGAACAUUCAAACGAGUAUCACAAUAAAAUGUCUCCUGACGAAUCUAUAAAUGUUUCUAUAGAAAGUAAUCAAGAACAACAUACUCCGCAUAUUCAUAAUACAAAUUUUAAUCAAAUGAAUUCAUUUUAUACUUCCUAUUCAUCAUAUCAUCCAGAGGAACGCGUUGACACUGCGAGUCAUAUGAUGCUCAUAUCACAUCUUAGUAAACAUCAAUUGAAGCAAUUCAGAGACAAUCAUUAUAAACAUUCCAGAUUACAGAAAACUAACUGUAAGCAAACGAUUAGAAAUCGUACUGCUAGUAAUUACAACAAUAUCUCAAAUUACACAAUGAAUGUACAUGGACAUAGUCAGUCAGUUCGUAUGGAUCAGAAAAGUAUUUUUGUUAUAGAUCGUCCAUCAUCGUCGUUAAACGUAUCAUCACCAACAACAAUCUACAGGUCGGCCACGUCGAUUCAUCAUGUUCCACACUCAUUAAAAAAUGCAUUAUCAAUAAAUAAUGAAGCGAAGAAAGGCAAUCAACAAAAUAAUAAUCCAAUAUUAAGUUUUCACAUGAAACAACAAUUUGGUCCAUUAAUUAAUGAAUAUCUUCUUUCUACUAUGACAACGGUUUCAACACUUCUUCGGCAUCCAAGUUUGAAAAAUUCAAUACAGCUAAAUGUUGUGGAUAUUAUACUUUUGGAUCCUGUUUACGCACGCAGACAUAAUCUUGAGGACUGGUUAAACAGUAAACAAGAACAAGUUAUGGCCAGAUUUUGCAAAUGGGUUAAUCGACUAAGAACGCCAACGUACACUUGGGAUUCAGCGAUUUUAUUGAAUGUUGGACAUUUCAAAUCUACAGCGCUCGGAGUCGCACACUAUCGAUCAAUGUGUAACCCAGAAAGUUCAUGUUUAGCUGUUCUUGAUCGCGGAUUUGGAACAGGAUAUAUAAUAGCACACGAACUGGGACAUCAGCUUGGAGCCAAACAUGAUUUUGAAUUAAACUCUAAUUGUGGAUUGGAAGAACAGAAUCAUCAUAUGGUUGAUCCUCAAACAAGAAGUAGCGCUCACGAUUUAAAAUUAGGUACAUAUCCUUAUUAUCAAUCUGGUGAUGAAUGGAACUACAGAGAAGACUAUCGUAAUUCAGAUGUUCAUCAAUACGAAUUUGUUCGACGAGAUACCAUCAUGUCUGGUACAUUAUACUUUGAUCAAUUUCCUUUAAGAUGGUCUGCAUGUAGUCGACAAGCUAUACACUUAUUUAUAGAAUCAAAUGCUGCUAAUUGUUUAAGACAUUUAAACUCUGAAACAACAUUUUAUUCAGCUGAAAAGUUAGCUAGUCAAUCUAUAGAUAAUCGUCCUGGGCAAAUAUUCUCACUUAAUCAACAAUGUGAAUUAGUGUUAAAAAUUAAAGGAACACAGUUCUGUGGUCAGAUGCUUCCGGCUUGUCGCCAGCUAUAUUGUCAAGAUAGUGAACAUAGAUCAUGUUUACCAAUGGAAACGGCUUGGGCUGAGGGAACACCAUGCGGGAGUAGUAAAUGGUGUAUUCAGGGACGAUGUGUAUCAACUAAUGAAAAUCCAACUCCAUUACAUGGAAAUUGGGUACAAUUUUCCGAACGUGAAUGCAAUAAUCCUGAACCUCAGAAUGGUGGUAAUUUUUGUCAUGGAACACGAACUCGAAUGAGGUCAUGUGGAACUGAGCCUUGUGAGAAGCAACUUAAUAUUCGCCAAACGUUAUGUGAUAAAAUAGAUGGACAAUACAAAGGUCAAUUAAGAGCUUACUUUCCGAAACUUGGUGAGCCUACAUCAUGCAAUUUGAUCUGUUUGUAUAAUUCCCAUUCUGUAUCCCAUGGUUUCAGCUUACCAGAUGGAACACCAUGUUAUACACAAAGAGAUGAUAUAUGCAUAAAAGGCAAAUGUUGGGAAACUGGCUGUGAUGGUAUUUUGGGCUCUCGAUUACGUUUUGAUCGUUGUCGUGUAUGCGGUGGAGAUAAUAGUACUUGUGAGGAAAUUAAAGGCGUUUUCAAUGGAAGUACAUUAACUCCACCUGGCACUUAUCCACGUGGUUUAAUCACAGCUGUACGUAUUCCGAGAGGAGUUACGAAUGCGUUUGUCAGAAAAGUUUCUGAUCGUAUUAUUCCCUACUCCUCAGAUUCGUAUGACGAUUUUAUGUUGUUGAUAUUUGAGGAGUUAAAAACUCAAAUACGUAGAGGUGAAACACAUGAACCAUUUGCUGGAGCCGAGCUUUACUACAGUGGUAGUCGUAGUCGUGAAGAAAUUGUUUCAAUUACUGGAAGGCUCAAUAAAGAUGUGAAUAUUGUUGCACAUAAGAAUGAAGCACGAUUAGCUGAAGAUAGAAUUAAUCGUCGUACUGGAAGAUCACAAGAUACUCACUCAUCAUAUGAAACAGUUGAUAAACUAAUUAAUCCCGUACAGCAUAAACCAAGUGAAUUGGAUAAUCGUAAAAUUAAGAAUGAGAAACCAAAAAUAUAUUUCGUCUGGAGAAUUAGUGAACUACCCACAGGUUGUACUACAUGUGCAGGAAACGUCACAACACCUGCGGAAUGUUAUCCAUUAGUUCCGAAAGAUACUGAGCAAAGUCAAUUUUCACAGUUUGAUCUAUUGCGACCAGUAGCUGAUUAUCUAUGCGCCUCUAUGCCAAAGCCUCCAUCAGUUUUCAGACGUUGUUCCGACUAUUGUGGUGUACGAUGGUCAGCUAAACCAGUGCUAACAGGAAGAACAUCAAAUGGUAUUCAUGACUUUUAUACUAGUAGCUGUUCAGCACGAUGUAAUGAAGGUCAUGAAGCUGUCGAGUAUGUGUGUGAAGAAUAUAUUGUACCUGCUGAACAAAAAAAUAAGUCAAAAGGAAUUUGGAGAGUUGCUCAACUAGGAGAACUUGUAUGCCAUAAAGCAGGCUUGGGAAAAGCUCCACCACAACCAGCUUAUGUUACAUGUAAAGGUUCAUGUUAUCCUGUGUAUUGGAUUUUAUCGAAUUGGACAGAAUGCAACAAUUCUUGUGGAGAUGGAACACGUAAAAGAAUUCUUUACUGUCAAGAUGAAAUUGGGCAAAAUUGGCCUCUCAAUGAAUGUAUGACUUACGGUGAAUCAAUGAUUCACCAUUCAAAAGCUCCAAAACAAUCUGUCACUAUUCAUUCAGCUCAAGAAAUCAUUCUACUUUAUCAACAAAAUAACAAUUUCCAACUAUCGCUUGAACACAAUUUAUAUAUUGAACAAUAUGAUGAAUGCUUUUCUUUAUCUAAAUGUCGAAAUGAUAUUAAUUGGUCUACAACUAAAUGGUCCGAAUGUGAACCGUUGGAUGAACAGAUGAAGUCCAAUUGUCGUCUAGUUGAUAACAUUACGGAUCGAAAAGAUUUAAUCAAUAAAAUUAUUGGUGUUCGUUACCGGAAUGUUUCAUGUAUCAUUGAUAAUAAUGAUAAUUAUCAUAAUUCACUAAACAAAUAUAUAAUGCCUGAUCAAUUGACGUCGAGUUAUUUUAUGAAAAGAAUACAAUUAGAUUUAAAUUUUUGUCGUAAAGCUAGUAUGCUUGGGGAGCUAGUGGAAGAACCAUAUGGUAGAGAAGCCUGUACUCAACCAAAAUGUUACAGAUGGGGAAAUGGACAAUUGUCAGCGUGUUCUGUAAAUUGCGGAAGCGGAGUGAAACAAACUCGAAUAUCAUGUGAAAGAAUACAUAUUGUUGACAAUGAUAAGUGUUUGCAAAAUCUUCAGUAUAUGCCACGUUUAUUUACUGAUAAAACAAACGAUACUAUAUUUGUGGAAACUGUUGAACGACGGAUAAAUAAUGAUCAAGAGAUGAUACCUAUAAAAGUUGACAAUAUAAACGAGCCUGUUGUGCUGACUUGCAAUGAAGCUCCAUGUGAUUUGCGUCUACCAGCUUGGAGAACAACAUCAUGGAGUGCAUGCUCCAGUUCUUGUGGACUAGGUGUUAGACAAAGGAAAGUUAUGUGUGUAGUCGAAACACAAAAUGCGAAUCUACAUAAACGUCAUUCAGUAUCAUAUACUUCUAUAUUUACGGCGAGUCGAUCCAAUAUUGAAGUAGUUGAUUCACAAAUAUGUUAUAAUGCCUUAUUGCCUGUGCCAACGGAACAAGAAACGUGUCUUGAAGCUCCGUGUCCUAUAUGGCAUGCUGAAGAAUGGCAAGAAUGUAUAGGUGAGUGUGAGUACGGAAUACAACAUCGAAAAAUUAGAUGUAUCAUUGAAUUGACCUCUUCACAACAAAUAAAUAAUCAUUUACAAAAAUCGGAAGAUGAUAGUUCAUUACGUCUAUCGAUAAAUCAUCUUGAUUCUUCUUUAAUUCGUCGAUCACGUUCAGCAAAUGUAAUGGAUGUUGAUCAUGAGCGUUGUCGAAAUGCCGGUGCCAAACCAAUAUCAGAAAGGCCAUGUUUAAUAAACCUAAGUUGUCCUUAUUGGUAUAAAAGUGAAUGGUCAAAAUGUUCAGUAAAUUGUGGCAUGGGAGUACGAUCACGUCAAGUUGUUUGCCGAUCUUCAAAUGGGACUGUAAUUAAUGUUGAGACAACAGAUGAUAAACAGGUAUUUUAUUACAACACAGAGACAUCUCAUGUAAAUUCACUUCAAUAUGCCAUACAGACUAUAAAAAAGAGUGCCACAACAAGACGCAAAUGUCUAAGUCCACGUCCUAUUGAUAAAGUUUCAUGCAGAACGCGUCCAUGUACAGGAUUAGAAGUAUUCUGGUGGCCCGUUACAUCAUCUGAGUGCAAUAUAACAGGAUGCGAAUUGACCAAACGUGAAAGAAUAAUCAAAUGUAUCAGUCCAAGACGUGGUCCAGUUCAUGAUGCGGUUUGUAAUCAUUUAGAAAAACCAUUGAACUGGACCAUUUGUGAAUUGUUCAAAUGCAAACGAUUUGAAUGGAGUACAGGAUCUUGGAGUUUAUGUCCAGAUACUUGUGAAUCAAGAAUGAGAUCUCGUCAAGUAAAAUGUGUAGAUGAUUUAGGUAAUGAAUAUUCAGAGACUUUAUGUCCAGCGAGUCUGAAACCCAGUAAUCGUGGUGUAUGUCCAAAUUUAUGUGCAGAAGUCCCUAAAAGUUGUCGUGAGUUAAAAUAUCGUUAUCCUUCAGCUGAUGAUGGCACAUAUCAAUUAUUAAUUGAACAAUCCUUAGUUUAUAUUUAUUGUGCAAACAUGGAAUCUUCAAAUCCAUCUGAAUACAUCACUUUACGUCAGAUUAACUAUGCUGCAUCAUCAGAAUUCUUACAACCAUAAAAAUCCUUGGAAUAUUUUUUCUGUGACUCUAGGUUUACUAGUGGAAGUUUAAGUUGGAAAUUUGAGACGAAUCCCAUUGGGGACCUCUACACUGAGACUCAGGUAUGUCAAGCUGAGGAGUUCCAGUUAGAACAAAACGCAUAUAUUGUAUUCCAGCUUUAGAGUUGAAAUAUCGAGGCACUUCUAACAGGAGGCAGUAUGUUAGAGAAGGCUGAUCGAAAUUCAAUUCUGAAUAUCAACUACGGGAUAACUCAAACUACUACUAAUAAUGGUGCAAAUUGGAUUCAGAUUAAUUCUUUGAUCCGUUUUAAAUACAUAUUUAACAUUAGAGGAGAAAGAGUGUUUACUAACUGUUUAGCAAUUUACAUGAUGAUGUGUGUAAUGAUAUGCAUUAUAUGGAGAGGAUUAGUAGUGAUUUACACAAAAUUAUGAAUGAGCGUGCACCCGUAUGGUUUCAGAAAUGGAAAACUCACAAUUCGAGAAUCUGAAUACUGUUCAAUGUAACUGUGUGUUACUCUUCCUCUAAAUAUAUUACUGAAAUUUGUUAUUGGAUUGAUAUAUAAUUUACCCUCUGUAGUGUUGUUAUAAAAGUAAUAAUUUGCGACAAAUAAUUAUAUUAGAC